AUGGACACGAAAAGGUCCAUUACCCUAUUGGCGUGGAUUUACCAUCAGGGGCGUGCGGGACCAAUUUUUAACUAUAUGCCGAACGGCUGGGGCGUGCAUUUCUGGAUGAUUUCACCUAGAACGCUUUUUGUACGAUUCACGCGCCGCCGAGGACGCCGCUUCACCAGAGCGGUAAUUAGUAGGACAGUCUCGCCCAACAGAUGGCAGUUUGUUGGUGCCACGUAUAGUCAAAAGACCGGCGUUGCAAAGUUGUUUGUAAAUUCGAGGUUUGUCGUGCGAAAGCGCAUUGGAAGAAUAAGACUAGCGACCAACUAUCCCGUCAGGAUGGGGGCACGCAUUGGAGAUGGGAGAUACUUUCGAGGACGAAUAUCCUGUAUGCAGGUGUACAAUGGCGCACUAUCUCGCUUUCAAAUCAAGACUAAAAAGCAAAGAUGUUUUAGAAGUAAGUCAUUUUUUUAAAGACAUUUUGCCAUAGUUUAUAGAUUUAAGUUACUCUUUCUUUUUUUUUUUCCUCUAAAUUUAAGGAACAUAGACAUAAACACUGAUCUCAGGUACUGCUGGCCAUCUUGGUAUAAUUUCUCAAAAGACCUCGGUACUUUAUUUUCGUCGUUUGAGUCAGUAAAACGGACAAGCCGCAUGAUCGACGAUGACCAGUACAAAAUAUGGAUCUACAAGCUUUAGCAGAAAUCCCCCUCUCUGUGUUUUAUCGAAGCUCUAUGCUGGAAUUUUGUACAGUAACAAUGUUUUCGUUCUUCCUUGCUGUGAUAGAACCCACACGUCCUCUCCCCAGGCCCAGGCCUAGACCCAGACCACGACCGAGACCACUGCCAAAGCCAAAGCCGAGACCCAGACCUAAGCCUGGACCAGGUGACAAUUUUAAUGUUGAGUCUUUUUAACCGUUCAACCACUGACGUAUAAGAAACUCUCCAUUUUCUCCUCCAAGAUAAACAUUUUCUUUUUUAUCUUCCUUUGUUUAGUUUAGUUUAGUUUAGUUUAAUUUUAGAGCGUUGGUAAAUUAUAUCAUUUGCCCUUCAGUUAGGACGCCCCAAAAAUGAAAUAAAGAAACUGGCACUGUUAACAGAAGUCGAAGUCUUCUUUUAUGUUUUCCUAUUGAUAGCGUCAUGCGUGGCUCUCCCAUUUUGUUUUUACUCCUAAUUUUUUUCCUUAUUGAUAUAUUUUGUACUAGUGUGUAGAGCAUCAAUCGACCUUGCCUUCCUGAUUGAUGGUUCUGGAAGUGUCGGUGUAAAGAACUUUCGCCGCUGCCUUGCAUUUGUCCAGAACCUCAUCCGAGGAUUUAAGAUUUCACCUCGCUACACUCGCGUUGCAGCAGAGGUUUAUUCUUCCAGUACGCGUAGAAUAUUUCCAUUCACACGCUACAGAAAUGUGUACCAAGUGUUAAGAGCCGUUGGAUCCAUAAAAUAUGCUCAUGGAGGCACCAAGACAGGAAAUGCUCUUAGGGAUGUCAAAAGAUAUCUGUACCGUGGAAGAUGCAGGCGAAAGAGGGUUCUCAUUGUAUUGACUGACGGACGAUCACAAGAUGCUGUCCUUAAACCAUCACGGGCGUUAAAACGCGCCAAAGUUGAUAUUUUUGCUGUCGGCGUGGGUCGGGGCUACAGUGUGACGCAGUUAAAUGAAAUAGUGACCGACCGAGGUCACGUGUUUACGGUUGAUUUUCGAAACCUCAACUCCAUCAUUAAGGCCAUUAAAAAGAAAGCUUGCAAAGGUAAGCAAUGAUGUAUUUUUGCGGGCCACUUGAUAUACUAACUGAUAGUACUGAAAAUGUAAGGAUUACUAGCGAUGCGAAGUUCGUGAUUGUGAAAUAAGACUUCACUGGCUUAUUAAUCCACCAAGUGGCCUGUCAGAUCACAGUUUUUUGCGUUUUGUGUAUCAUUAUGACACUUAGUAAUUCCUUCGUUUUGCAUUCUUAUUUUGUGUUUCAAUUAAUACUUUAAAUUCUUCUCUUGCUAUUUUAAGGAGGACGAAAGCCACCAGCUCCACACAGACCGUCAGGUAUGGCUCGUUGACAAUUUUCCUUUGGUUUUUCCUCUUUUUUCUUUUUUUUUUCUAAUGGCAGUGGCAGGAUGUCUGACUGAGGAGGCAAAAUUCCCAUUCUGAGGAAGAGAACCAAUUAAAAUGUUAAAAGCUUUCUAAACUUCUCAAGGGCUCAUAAUUUCUUUUCAGGAACACUACGAGCCGUUGCUGUGUACCCGUUGAACGUCCUCACUAAGUCACGUGACAUCAGUUUUAGCAGAAAUCCACCAGGUAUUAUGUCUUAUGUUCGACCUGCUCCAGGCCCUGACGGACGGCGUGGGACGAGCUUUGAGUUCCAUGGACAAAGGAAUAGCUUCAUAGAGUUCCCAAACAACGGUAAACUAGACACGCGAAAGUCCAUUACCAUUCUAGCUUGGGUGUACCAUUUGGGUCGAGCAGGACCAAUAUUUAACUACCAUCCAAAAGCUUGGGGUGUUCAUCUUUGGAUGAUUGGCCGUCGGGCUCUGUUUGUUCGUUUUACAAAACGUCGAACGCGAGACUUUACAGCUGCUUUGGUGAGUAAGACUGUAAAACCCAGCCGCUGGCAGUACGUAGGCGCGUCUUACGAUCAUUCAACUGGAACUGCCAAGUUGUUCGUCAGUGGUAGACUGGUGGCGAAGAAGCGUGUCGGAAGAAUACGAUUGGCAACAAAUUACCCGGCACGGACGGGAGUGCGGAUUGGUGAUCGCCGAUAUUUCCGUGGUAGAAUUUCAUGUAUUCAAGUAUACAACGUCGCGCUAACAGCACGACAGAUUCAGGCACGAGCCAAGAGAUGUUUUGUGCCAGGUUAGUGUUCUAUCAACGGAGAAAGCUAUUUCAUUUGAAUGCAAUGCAGGGCAUUGUUAUUAUUAAUUCAUUUUCCAUGUCUUUUAUACACCCAUUUAAAAGUGACUUAAAAUGCGUUGCAAUUACUUACUUACAAAUAUUAAGUAACGAAAUUAAAUUUGGUCAAGAGUUAAGUGGUCAACACAUGCAAAUGUCUUUUGUUAAUAGAAUAUUAAAAAUAGGUUACAAAAUUUUUAGUUUCUUUUUUGUCCAUUAUUUUACCUGUUUGCGCAGGGGCAUUUCAAUAAUUCAUUUGAUGAUCUCUUAACCGAAAAAUUGAACAUAAUGUUCUCAUUUGAAAUCAGCAAUAUUGCCCUUUAGUUGUCAUUUUUUUUCUUUCUUUACUGACCUUUUGCGUUCCUCUCAAUCCAAAUCCACCCCAGGGCUCCCAAAACCACGUCCACCACCACGCCCAUCAGGUAACUUGUAUAAGAGCAGAGGAUGCUUCAGAGACAAGCCGCGCAGAGCCAUGGGAAGGCUUCUUGGCAACUUGCGUCGAAGAAGAGAUGCGAUUAUGCGUUGCUUUAUGUUAGCGUCCAGAAGAGGGUAUCGCAUGUUUGGUGUGCAGGAUGGUGGAGAGUGCUGGUCAGGUCCUUUAGCGCACCGGACAUUUAAGAGAUAUGGACGCUCAAACAGGUGCAGAAAUGGAAGAGGAGGUCCUUGGGCAAAUGACGUAUAUAUCAUUAUCACUAGAAGUGAGUAAAGCGGAAAUUAGAUGUAGAAAUCCUGAUGACUGUUUUGUUCUUCCUGCAGUUUUUCUUAUUUUAUUUUUUAUUUUUACCUGAUAUUGAACCCAGGCCCUAGUUGUUCGAAGGCCGAUUAGCGCUAACCCAGGGUAAAAUUUUAACCCAGGUUUCUUUUUCUUUUGUUCAAAAGAAUUUGCCGAGAUUAUUUUGUCUAUUCUGUUUAGGCCAUCCUAUCAUUAAACUGUAAAGAAAAAGAAUAAAAGUAAUUUUGCUUUUUGAGCUGUGAUAUCUGAAUUCAAAUUUCGCACUAACCCUGGGUUAUCUUCGGUUAUCUUAACCCUGCUUUAAACAACCAGGCCCAGAUGUUCAAGCAACGUCCGUGUAUUAAUUCGUACAUACCUCUGUUCGGGUAAACAUUUUGAUGAUAACUGCGCGACAAUGUAGUGUUGGUUUUAAUUUUAAAAAAAGCUAAACUUUCUCCGAAGAUUCUGUGUUCUAAUAUGUCAGUGCUCAUGUAAACUGCAUGUGAGGGUAACAAGUAGCCCAGACCAAAUUGCAGCGUUAUCUCUAUCUGAGAGAACAAAAAUGGCUGGCUAUAUUAAAAAUUUUUAAGUUAAGCACAGUCCUAACAAAGAUGAACUGUAAUUUCUGAUGCAUUUUUAUUUUAAUUUAUUAAUUUAUUUAUUUUUUAUUUUUUUUACCGUUUGUCAUCUUAGGACCUGUUCCGCGACCGCUUCCUCGUCCCAGACCUCGGCCUCGUCCAGCCCUGCCAGGUAUCACUGCUUUACAUACAUACUUGCUGAAGUGAUAUUCAACCUAAAACUCCUCAAAAUAUAUAAACUUUAAAUUACUUUCCAAUCUUUUUUCUUCUUUAUAUGCAUGGCAAAUUACAAAAACAAAUGACGAUCUGUGUUAUUUUCUUAUAUCUUUAGGAUUUACAUUAUCUGCAGAAUUAAUACUUUUCUUGCAACCAAGGCUGCUUAACAAUGAUCGCUUAUGAAAACAUCACCCUUAAUUUCUAAGCGGUAAAAAGAGGAUUGGGUUUAGGUGUUAAUUUAAUCGGAACUUGUUGUUGGAUCAGAAGGGAACAUUAAUCCGCGUUCGAAUCGAGAAAAAACAUUGUUUAUAAUGCCAUUUUUUUCUGAUAUAGUCUGCAAGGCACGUGUAGACCUGGGCUUCAUUGUGGAUGGUUCCGGAAGUGUUGGCCGUGCCAACUUUAUCAGAUGUUUGAACUUCAUCAAAAACUUGGUGAGCUCGUUUACUAUCUCACCUCGAUAUUCAAGGGUGGGCAUCUUAGUAUACUCUCAUCGCGUCAUCCCAGUAUUCUCGUUCGGAAGAUACCAACGUCUCGGCGACGUACUGCGUGCUAUCAACAAGAUCAAGUACCCUAGCGGAGGAACCAAGACAGGUCGCGCGCUAUCAUUCUCAAGAAAGUUCCUGUUUGCAAGGAGUAAUUACCGAAAGGUCCUCAUAUUGAUGACAGAUGGCAAGUCGUACGACAAAGUGAGGCAGCCAGCCGCGACGUUACGAAACAUGGGUGUGGAGGUUUUUGCUUUGGGCGUUGGAAAACGUUUCAGCAUGCGGCAGCUCAUUCAGACAGCAAGCAAUCGUCGGCAUGUUUUUACCGCAGACUUUAAAAACUUGGGUUCAUUUGUGAGAGCGAUUAAGCAGAAGGCUUGCAAAGGUAACCUCUUUUUUUAGCAUACGUAUUACCUUGAAGUAAGGGAGUAUUAAAUUUUAUGUUCAUUAUGGUGUUGAUGCGAAUGUGGUGUCAUGAAUCCAGCGUAACCUGCAUCGCACAGGUCACAUUCAAAUUUUUUAACAAGACACUGUUGGAUCUUAGACAACAACUCCAUGUUCGUAAAUUUUUAAGGUUACUUGAAAAAUUGAAGUGGCUUGUUUAUAAAUGUGAACGUGAACUAUGCCAUGCAGGUUAUGUCGGAUGCACAUGCCGUCACUGUCAAAUUUCCAGAUAAGUAACAAUGAAAUUGCUUGGAAAAUCGCUUGAAUGAAACAAAUUACCUUGGUGUCAAAUGUAUUUAGAAUUAAGAUAUACCAUGAUCUUACGCAGCGUUCACACUUGCUGCCCGAGCAUGGUGCCCGAAUGCGAUACUCGUUAGGCACUGAUACUAAAAGCUUCCUCAACCGCUUUGGAACCUCUGUUUGUUAUAAAUUGCGCCAGGUCAGUUUUUCCCUUUCGUUUUUGUUGGCUUGCGUAGACACCUUUUUUUAAGUACCGACGCUAGAAUUCGGCACGUUUCUGGUGCUGGAGACAUUGUAUUCGGGCACAAAAGUGGGCACCGGGUUCAGUGCGCAUAACAUUUUAUUUAGUUUUGCGGCAGUCCACUGCUUUGUAGACGCUGCUAGGCUGAUGUUUUAAAUUGGCGUCCGACAGGGCGAAAUGGGGUAACUAUGUACAUAGUUAUAUAUCGGGUAUUCAAGGUGUGAACAUUACACUAUUUGUUUUUAGUGUUGUUAUUGUUGUUUAUGUUGUUUCCGUGUCGGUGGUGUUUUUCUUGAGGGGUUUAUGCUUUGUUUUUGUUGUUGCUAUUGUUGUUGUUGUUUUGUUUUGUUUUUUUGUAGUAGUAGUCUAUGCUCUUUCGUUGUUACGAUUGCUGUUAGUGUUAGAGCGAUUUUCGUAUGACCUUGAAAAAUGGUUUCGGUAAGUGUUUCUUAUUUGUUUCAUCAGCCAAUGGAUGAAUAGGUCAAAACAUGGCCUCUUCGUUUUCCCGCCAAAGAAAACCCUAACGUGAAAAGGCAUUGUUCGAUUGGCCAGUCACGUCGCAGUAUGACGUCAAAGCGAAGCAUCGGUUGAUUUCCAGAAAGUUCUGGGGCGUGAAGUUUUUUCACCCGAGCGUUCGCUCAACCAACCAAAAGCCGCGUGCGUUUGUAUCUGUUCGAUAAACCAAUCAAAUCGCUCUAUUUCCGUUCGUUUGUUGUUCCUGUUUUGUUAGCGCGUUUUCAUUUCGAGGUCAUACGAAAAUCGCUCUAUUCAUGUUAGAAAGUAUCGUCUAUUAGAACAGCAUUUCAGCAAUCUAUCAAUUUUUUUCUCUCCUUUUUAGGUUUGAAAAAACCCAACAAGCCACGUAAGUAUAAAAAGUGUUACACUUUUGUACUAUAAACAUCUAUCUUAAAUUCAGCUUGUUUCAAGGUACAUGUUUUUCGAAAACUGGUCCCUUCAGUUGAUAUCAGACCACUACACAGACAAUGGGCAACGGUUUAAGUAAUAUUAUCUGAAGAAAAUAUGAAUCAACAAGUCGGUGACCGUAUGGAUUAUUUUAUUUAUUGGGUUAGGGGAGACAUGCAUAGCUGAAUAAUUAAUAUCCAUCUUUAGACAGAUAUCUUUUCUUUGUUUCCUAACAGACGCCAUAUCGUCUAUCGCCAUAUUUCCGUUUAGUAAAGCAUACGGGGGACGAGAAAUACGGAAGAGAAACCCGGCUGGUCGUCCCAUCCGGGUCUUUUUUUCCCCAGGCCCUGAUGGACUACCAUAUGGCUCUUACUACUUCCCUGGCCGACGAAGUAGUUACGUGGAAAUCCCGAACAGAGGAACACUGGACUUAAGGAGCUGUGUGACCAUAUUAGGGUGGAUAUAUCACCAAGGAAACGCGGGUCCAAUCGUGAACUAUAAACGCAAUGGAUGGGGAGUGCACUUAUGGAUGGUAAGUCCUAAGACGCUCUUUGUACGAUACACGCAGCGUCUUGGCAGGCGCUUCACGCAUGCUUUGGCGUACCGUGGAGUCAGGCCGCGAACUUGGCAAUUCGUGGGAACGUCCUACAACAAAAAUACGGGUGUUGCCAAGCUCUAUAUCAACGGCAAGAUGGUAGCACGUCGCAAGAUUGGCAAGAUAUCAUUGGCUACAAAUUACGAGAUCAGAGUUGGAGCACGACAAGGUGACCGACGCUACUUCCGCGGAAGAAUUGCCUGCCUGCAAUUUUACAGUGCAGCUCUGACCACCAAUAUGAUCCGACGGCGUAUGAAGACUUGCUUUAGAAAAGGUAGGCGCUUGUAAAAUGACAUGGUUUUUUGUCAUGAUAUUAAUGUUUUAGGUAAAUUCUAUGUUGAAAUCAUUACUUAAUGCCUUUACGCAUACACAAAAUGCUCCUGUAGAGUUAAGAAGAAGAUGUCGAACACAUUUCACUGGGGAAUACUAACAAUAAUAUUUUUUGGUAAUUUUUGCAGGCAUAGCUUUAAAAAUUGAAAAAAUUGGCCCAACUUUCAAUCCAUGUUUAUCUGUGCCAUCCGUUUUCAACAAACGAAAGGAAACAGUGUCACUCCCUAAAUAUAGUAUUAAAUAACAAUUCAACCGAUACAAAGACAUCUUUCAGCUUUUUUAAAAGAUACAAAAUAGCGUGACGUAGCCACUUUAAGUAAAUGACCCAGUAUUACAAGUAAUCUCUACAAAAAAAAUGAAAGUCAAACUGUUAUGGUUACGGGUGAUUGUAUACACAGUAGCAGGGGCACCCAACGACAGUUUUCUCCUUAUACAUUGAAAACACUUUUUAGGCUGUCAAGAGUACUUCUAGAAAUGCAUUCUAAGUGGCGCUAUAAAAUUUGUAUCUGUUCGGUCACCGUAGGGGAACUCGAGUCUCUACGAAAUUACAAGAGAUUCAUCUUUAUUAUUCCGAAAAUUUUAGGGGUAAUUUGACGUAUUACGAAAGUGAGAAUUUUUCUAAUUCCUCUCUCCAUCACAUUUUUGAAUCCGAAAAUUUUAGGUUUCCUUUUUUCUGUCAAAAAUGGCCUAACCUAAGGAGUGAAAUAUGAAAAAAAUAAACUUAAGAAAAUCGUAGGGCAUUCAUUAGAGAAGCUUUAAAAAUUUGUACAUGAAUGGCACGGUCAUUUAGAAAUUUUUAGCCGUCCUCUAGUAAUAGAAAAUCCUAGGCAAUAUCUGCCUCUCCGAACAGCUAUUUUACAGAAAGCAGUCGUUGGGUGCCUCUGACAUAGUUACCAGCUAUAUUUGUCCCAAAAGAAACUCGCACAAACUAUCCAAAGAUGACUGAUCGUAACAAACAUAGUCAAAUAAAGGUGGAUCUUGAAUAUUUUGCCGUAGGGUCGAGGCCUGUUCCUGUGCCCAGACCAAGACCUGGUGGAAGAGGUAAGUAUAUAAACUAAAUUUACAAGAAUUUCAAAAACGAGUCCUUUAUACUGUUUAUAGAUAACCUGUGAGCGAUUUCAGUCGUUUGCCAACGUGUUGUUUAGUUCAGUAGUACAUUGGAUACAAAAAACAGUUGAAUACUCUCUGCCAACACUGAACAGACAAUUAUAAGUGACUUCGAAAAACCUUCUUGCUUCUACAUCCUUCAUGGUGCAUGUUCCUUUAUUUGUCAAAAAUACGCCUCUAAUUUAUGAUUUACGGACAAUGCAACAUGUAAUCCUUUUUAGCAUUGGAUUAACUUGGAAAAGAAGAAGAAUUUUGCGUUACAUUUAAUUUUUUUCUUUAGUUUGCAAAGCUAAACUUGACCUUGGUUUUGUCAUUGAUGGCUCUGGUAGCGUGGGAAUCAAGAACUUUAAGCGCUGUCUUCAGUUCAUAAAGAACAUGGUUCGCACAUUCGUCUUAUCGCGCCGUUUCACACGAAUUGGUGCCGUUCUGUAUAACACCAGGGCUUACAAGAUAUUUGGAUUUAAUCGGUAUGGAAACAAAAACCAGGUCCUUAAAGCUGUAAGCCUCAUACGGUACCCAAGGGGAGGGACCAAGACAGGCAGGGCCCUUAGAUACGCGUACCGUUAUCUCUUCCGUCGAAGUAAGAGACGAAAGGUAUGUAUGAUUUUACUGCUGUAACGUAUAAGAGUGUCGAAUGGAAAAUUCAAAGAAUAAUAGUUGUUCCUUCCCUUUCCACAGUACUCACGUUAUGCCCUUAGCGCUGAAGCUACGGUAAAACAAACAACAAAACGUACAACUUUUUUGUAACAUUGCUACAAAACGAGUUGAAAAGAUAGGUUCCGCGUUUUACUGACUUCUGAUUGAAUAAAAUUACGCCGGUAUCACGCUAUACACGGGUCUUAACGUCACUUGCUACAAAGCAAGUUUGCCUUGGGCCGCUAAAACGAGCAACAUUGAAAGAUUUUGUUGCAAAAAGUAAAAUCAAGUACCUACUUUCUACAACAACAUUUCUCCACGUGCAACAACGCGAUUUGUUACAAGACAGGUUGGGUGGUGAAACGGGCAACAUCGGUAUUCAACUCGUUUUGCAGCAAUAGCAAUGUUGUAAAACAAAAUGCACUUUUUUGGAUAGAUGUGUAUGAAAUAAAUCAAAUAAUAAUCAGCUCCCAACAUCAGUGGCUUCAUAACUCAGUUGAUUAGACCAUCGCACCAGUAAUGUGAGUUCACGGGUUCAAAUCCCGUUGAAGUUCUGAAUUUUUUUCAGGCUUCUUACGCAAUUGCAUAAAUUGCUUUCACAGCUUCGAGGGUCAUUCUUCAUUUGCUUGCACGUGUUUGUUACCUGUUUUACUGUAUCGUAAAGAACGUUCGUCAAGGCACAUGCAUGAAAAUGAUGAUAGUUAACAUGGGUGACCCCAGCCUUUAUCUUAGUGUGUUGAAUGUUUAGGCUUGGAAUUGAAUGUUACCUUUACACGUCGUUCGAUGAUGUAGUGUAAUGAUCAAAGCGGUCACUUAAGUAAGUUUUUCAGAAAAGGCCUUCUGAUUCGCAUUCUCAUUUAAGGCCGUCAGGGCCUAAGUCGCCUGUAACCAUGGGGCGCGAAAGAGAUCCAGUGUUACUAACAGAACACGUACAGUUGAAUACGAGAAGGCCUGGCUUUGAAAAAACAGAAUAAUCUCUCAAGCAAUGGACAAGCAAUUUGUUAUGUCACGUGCAUAGACCAUACAAUUAAUGUGAUCGAUAAUUUCCUUUUUCGUCUUCUUAAGGUGUGUAUUGUCAUGACAGAUGGUCGCUCGUACGACAGCGUGACUGCACCUGCGCGAACCAUGCGCAAAGGAGGAGUUGAAGUGAUCUCAUUGGGUUUGGGAUUGCGUUACAACAUUCGCCAAUUACGACAAAUGGCAUCCAACCGUCGGCUCGUGUUCACAGCACGGUUCAGAAAUCUGAAUUCGGUUGUCAGAGUGAUAAAAAGGAAAGCUUGCGGUGCAACAGGUCGGUAAACACUGAAACAAACAAGGUAUUAUUAUAACAGGGUGUUAAAAUGUGAGUAGCGUGUUUGGCAGCCAAGGCAAAAUAACCCUUAUGCUUUAUAGCUAGUUUCGAUAGUAGUGUAUGUAAAAGGAAAGUCAUUUUUCCUUUUCCUUUUCUUUUUUUAAACCCUAUCCUUUUAAAUUUUUUCCUACCUUAGGUGUAAAGCCGAGACCACCUCCUCGACCCAAACCUCCACGUCCUGGACAGGCUACUUACUACUGGGAAGGUUGUUAUAAUGACAAAAGAAGACGAGCUAUUAAAUCUAGACUCGGCAACUUCCACAGGCACAAAGAUCCUAUCAACGCAUGUGCUAUGGCAGCCUUAAGGCGAGGUUACAAAGUCUUUGCAGUAGAGAACGGUGGAGAAUGUUACUCGGGCCCACGGGCGUAUCAGACAUAUAACCGAUAUGGACCGACCAAUCGCUGCAGGCGAGGAAGAGGAGGAUCAUGGGCAAUGGAUGUGUACAAAUUUGGAAAACGUAAGUCUAGUUAAAAAUUUCUCUGUUGAUCCAUGGCAUGAGGUGCCUUGGACUGGCGGUCUUCAGAAUUAAGGAUAAUCUAAAUCCGUUUUUACCGUAAGAUUACUCCCUGACAUUUACAACCCUGAUUGGCUGACAUGUACAAUAGUUGUUUUUACAGUUAUUACCGUGUUUGAUGUGGCAACAAGACGAAAAGGUCAUUCUGCAUUGAAAUAAUCCAUUAACCUCGUUUGAUCGUUUGUAUGCCUUCUUGGGCAUAGGAAUAUUUGAUCGUAGUAUCAACUGUGGUUAUAUAUGUACACAACAUUUCAGUUGUUUCAACACCUUGGGGGAAAAAAUAUUUCCAACGUCUUUGCCUAUCCUCAUUCCAAACCACUUUCAAUUGAAAGAGCUCAAGAAUCAAAGUAGAGAGAACCAUAUGUGUUCACUUUCUUUUCUUGCCCCAUUCGUGCCUCGAAUUUUAUUGGGCCUCAGUAUAAAACUGACCAUAGAUUUGUGCCUCAUGCGGUUGUCAGCGUAUUGCUCCUGCCAAAAGCAAAAAAGUUCAGUUCAGCUGGUGGUUUCAACUUUUGGUCUGCCAAACCUUAUUAAUGCACAAGUAGUGUAAUGAUGGUGUGAACAGAACAAAGUGGUAGAGGUCUCUAAGUAGAUUUAACCAGAAGCCUUAAUAUGUCGAAUAAAAACAACAACAACAACACCAAAGGUCUUGAUGAAUUUUUCUUAUUGAUGACCAAACAUUAAACUUAGUCAUGUGAUAGAAAUUAAUGCCACAUACUAGUGUUUUGCUUUUGUCUAAACAUCCUCUGUUAUAUUCUAGUUCGUGGCUGGUCCAAUGUCGUUAUCCGAAACCUUGGCUGUUUUAGAGACAAACGAAGGCGAUCUGCAGGAAGUAUGGUGGCUAACUUGAGAGGCUUGAAGUAUGCUGUCAGAGACUGCGCGCGCCAAGCCCGAAAGCGAGGUUACAGAAUCUUUGCCGUACAGAACGGUGGCGAGUGCUUUAUGGGUCCGAGAGCGAAAAUCACAUACAAAAUGUACGGUCGAUCAAAGCGAUGUCGAGGAGGGAAAGGAGGUCCUUGGGCAAAUGAUGUUUAUAUCAUUAUCAUAAAAGGUACACUCCGAGAUCUGUUCAGUGGUGAUUUCAGAAAACAUCUGAUGACUGAAUAGACUUCUUGUCUUUAGAGUUUAGUGGGCAUGCCCUGUAGACUUAAUAUGGUCAAUGGUGUUCACAGUCCACACUUCUGAGUGGAGUAUCGUCCAAAUCAACCCGAUUAAGGUUAAGCGAAUGGAACGAGGAAAAUUCCAAUUACCUGAUCGGAAUAAUUCCUCUCUCAAAACUAAAAAUCGCCCAGUGCGAUUGCGACAAGUAUUCCCGCCCUGGACACAAAACUGUCAACCUCUGAAAACAUUAUCUUAAUUUUCAUGACUCGCACAAACUCUUUCUCCAAGUUGGUGAAUUGGUGAAUUUAGAAGUCAAAUACCUAUCUCUGUCAAUCAAGGAGUUGAAUCGAAUCAUAGGAAGUCUGUUGUACUAUGUAUACUCAAGGAAUAUUUAUUAAUAAGUUGAAGGACUAAAAACAAAAAUCGGAAGAUGUUAUUAGCUACGAUUACUUUUGUGGAAAUAUUCUUUGUCAUUUAAAUGCAGCUGAAACAACUCCCAACAAUUUUGGGACUUGUUGGCAAACAAUGUUGCGCCCGUUUGCACGGGGCACGGGGUUUCAAACUUUGCAGAACAACACGCAACAACAUCGAACAACAUGCAACAGGGUGUGCAAACGGACGCAACAUCCAACAAUGUUGGGAGUUGUUGGCCAACAAUGUUGCGUCCGUUUGCACGUAGCUUAGCCUUUAGUCAUUUUGGUGUUCUGUGUUCUUUAGGUCGACCACGGCCCAGACCUAGACCGAGACCAAGGCCACGGCCCAGACCUAGACCAAGACCGAGGCCACGACCCAGGCCUAGACCAAGACCGAGGCCGCGACCCAGACCCAGACCUAGACCUAGACCACGGCCAAUACCUGUUCCCAGACCGUCUGGCAAAGGUAGGUACAUAACAAAGAAUGUGUGCCUAAUUGUUUGAACCGUGGAUUUAAUGUUGCGUCCAAUUUGCGCUUUGAAGACAUGGCUUCAGACGUGGCUGCUGUAAAAUCGCACUGAUCCAUAUAAAACCUCUCAUUGGCAUGGAUUUUCAUGGAAGGGUUUGCAGAACCUUAGGAGCUAGGAGUCAAACACUCUAAUCGAAUCACCUGUAUACGGUCGAAUUUGUUAUUAUUACUGCAUCACUUGCUUAGUAUUAUUUUAACCUUUUUCUUUUUUCUCUCAGUUUGUCGUGCACGUCUGGACUUGGCUUUCUUGAUUGACGGUUCUGGCAGCAUUGAGCGUUCAGGCAGAGGCAACUUCCGGCGCUGUCUAAAUUUCGUCAAAAAAAUGGUAUCUUCCUUCAAAGUGUCACCCUCCUUCACCCGGGUUGGCGUAGCUCUCUUCUCAUCUCGAACUUGGCUUGUUUUUGGUUUCAACCGUUUCAGAAAUAAGCGACAGAUCUACCGAGCAAUAGAUAGAAUCAGGUAUCCGAGUGGAGGAACAAGGAUUGGAAGCGCACUUCGCUUUGUAAAAUACAGACUUUUCCAAGGGAGCAGACAGCGAAAGGUGGGCAUUGCAAAGUUAAAUACUUUACGUAUUUGCUUAGAAAAGAAAUCAUUUUCUGGAACUUAGAUGUCGCUCAUUAAAAACUGAAGCUGAGCAUUUAAGUUUAAAUGAUUCCGCCAUUGAAUAAAUGAUGUGAAACUUGACAACAGCAAACAAGACACAUUCAUUUUUUUGUUAUUUCGUUUUCCCGUGGAAAGCAGUCUUUUUUGACAGCGACAUUAGAGUUUAACGGUGUAAUUCUGUUUAUCUUACAAUGCAGCAACUAAAAAAACAAUAUUGAAAUGGUAAGCUGUCUAUAUUACAGCUAUAAUAAUCAAUUUAACCACAUACUUCCUCCGAUUUAACUUUGAUGACGUUAAUAUUCUGGAUUUAUUUCUUUUAUUAGGCCCUUAUUUUGCUAACGGAUGGCAUGUCGCAGGAUCGAGUCUUAAGGCCAUCUCUCGCGCUUCGUCACAGUGGAGUAAACACUUUCGUAGUUGCAAUCGGAAGAAGAACGAGCCGUCGACAAUUGACUCAAAUCGCGCCCAGUUCGAAGAAUGUUUACAGAACAAGCUUUGCCAGACUAAACUACCUUGUACGGUCCAUCAAGAGACAAGUCUGUGCAGGGAAAGGUGGGAUUGAAACUUAG